AAGAACUUGGUAAAAUAGAGUUUCGGGUUGAUUUUAUAACAAGUUUUCCCAACCUUACRCAUGUUCUUGAAGGGAUUUCUAUGCUUACCACAAACAUAACGAACGUAAACCUGACUAAAGUGACAACGCAAUUACGUCAUUUUUCUGGUGUUGGAGGCUGUGAUAAUUAUACGUACGUUAGAAUAAUCAUGGAUUCUGGAACAACGACCUUAGUAAAUCCAACCAAGUACAGUCGCGCCCUUCCGAACAAUAUCAGCUUUACGAUACAAACCGCUUGUAGGGAUUKUAAUCAGACUGUCUAUCAUAUAAAAAUGGCCAGGAUAUCAGAGACAGGGGAAAUCGAGAAACUCAUCGAAAUAAGCAAUGGAACAUACACAGGAGUUAAUAACAGCAAUCACCAAGUGAAUUAUACCAUCGAACCAUUUUCAUUGGGAUCGGGUGUUUACUAUGUAGAAGUCAAAGCCUGGUCUGCCGAUAAUACCUCUUCCUGGAACUUAACAUAUAGAUUUAUCAAUAUAACCAAGGUCCCUCUUGAGGCAGGUAUCGAGGGUAAUGGAACUUGUCUGUACACUGUGGGCCAACCGAUGAUAGUCCAUGGCUGGAAUUCGUUCGAUAGAGACGUUUAUUCAUCAGCUAUGGUCGCCCGCCCUUUUGAAACUGAUUUAAACUACAUAUGGACUUGUCACCGAUCAACCGAAUCGCCGUCUAUUACMAUUUCAACAGUUGGCUCUCUACGUGUUGUUGAAAACGGGGUGCCGACAGGGGCUAUUGGAGGUUGUUUCAAUACUGGAUACGGUCGUCUUAAAGCAAAUACCAGGUCUUUUAUAUUUCAAAGUGACUCCAUUGCUGCUGGAUCACGCUUGAUUUUCACUCUAUUCGUGACAAAGGACUUCAGGAAUGAAAAGGCGAYGAAAACAUGUACUGUCGUUCCAGCGCCACCACCAUACAACCUUCUAUGUGUAUUCAACUGUGGUAUUUUAAUGAAAACAACCGCAAGACUUGGACUGGAACCUUCAUGUAAUAGUAUUCAAGGCUGCCCAGUGGAUCUACAWCAUUCAUGGAAAGUCUACAAAGACACGGGAGUGAGAAUUGAUAUCGGCUUCGGACCAAAUGAUACUGUUUGGGAGGAAGUGACGUCUUACAAAAAACUCACCAGUGGGGAAAAUUUCAACUUUGUAUUGGCGGAAAACACUCUGGAACAGAACAAAACCUACAAGAUAGAACAUAUUGUUCAAAACAUAAAAAAUGGAACAUUUGUCAGCAAGCACAUCUUUACAACAAAUAGACUACCACACGCAGGAAAGUGCACAGCUGACAAGAGUGACCUUUUAGCACUUGUGGACACUCUAACGAUCGACUGCAAAAAUUGGAUUGACGCAGAUCCUUUUCUUCACUAUGAAUCAUGGGURCACCUUCCUAAUGGCCUCGCCAAGCUAGUUUACUUUGGUAAUGCGAGCACUUUCUCUUUGAGAUUACCUUUGGGAGAUGGUGACAAAAACUUUUCUCUUACAACUGAGGUUAAGGUGUUUGAUUACUGGGAGAGCACAAGUGUGUUUUUGAAUUUAACUGUAACCGAACCUGAUAUAAGCAAUCCUGUAGACUAUUUACUAGAUACGCUGAACAACACAAAUGAUGAUCAAGAGAUGGCGCAAAAGAGCUUGGCUUCCCUUAGUUUGCUGUCUACUAAUAAGACCGGCAACAUGUCAGUAAUGAAGAAAUCGAAGAUACGUGAAAGGGUCAUARGUUCUAUGAUGAGCAUCUCCUCUAAUGGAUCCCAAAGUAUCAAUAUGGUUUCUGGCGUGCUAAUCGAAUCAACUGCAAAAUCAGAGGAACUGUCUAUGGACUCACAGAUUAUGUCGAUCUCAUCCGCUGUACAAAUGUCCGAAACCCUUGCGGGCGUCAACAACACAGAUGAUCCUAUGGUAUUUGACCAGGCAGGAGAAACCCUUCUGUAUCUCGUGGGAAAUGUUGUCGAYGGUGCAGCAUCAAAAGCGUCGCCUGCUGGCAAGAGCGAUAAUAGUCAAMAAAUUCAAGAGGAAAAUGAAAAAGUGAACAGCACAAAGUUAAAAGAAGUUGGACAGUCAGCAAUCAAUGCCACCGACUCAAUCUCAAAAACACUUCUGGGCAAAAUGCUUGGUGGGGAAAGACCAAAAAAGUUCCAGACACCAUCACUUGGGCUAGAAAUCGCAAAAACCGAAGCUGACAAACUACCAGAGUCCUACAAUGUCAAUGGCGGAGAGGUUAAUGUACCUUCUUUUAUGAAAUCACUUGUAGGAAAUGAUACUGCGUGUCCACCAAAUACUAGCUGUGACGCUGCUGACAUGUUUGUAAGCUCAAAGGUUACAAUCAACAAAAACAGUCCUUACACUUGGGGUAACGGCAGCAUAAAGGUGUCAUCUGCUGUCAUUAGCAUGGAUUAUUCGACAAGGAACGGAUCUUCUAUAUCAGUUAAUGGACUUGAUACGGAUUUUGAGCUGAAAAUACCAACUCAUGCUCCUCAAAAACAGAAAAGUGUUCCAGAUUAUCCACACUUUGUUUCUCCAGACAAAGAUUGUGUGAAUCAUAAAUUCUUCGUUGAUAAAGACAAAACAGCAUUUGAAGUGAUUUGUUCACUUGCACAAGAAAAAUAUGUUACUAUAUACAUUCGAUAUGGAAAACGAGURACGAAGACAAAAUAUGACUACGARUACUAUCACCCGGAYUUGUCRUCCUGUGUGGAACCGCCUCAGCGCGACAAUUGCACGGGCAUUGAAGAUUUUAUGGAAUGCAUGGGUUUGGAAUUUMAUGAUACUGGGAACACGAAUCUGAGCUUGAACGAAACAUGGAAAUCUUUUAAUAGAACGAAUAAUAACACAAACUGUGAAAAUAUCACUAUUCCAGAUGUUAGUUUUCUAUCGAAUACUAGCUUCCAACGAGACUUACCAAAGUGUCUUGAUUAUCACCAAAUUGCAAGAUGUCCACCGUGUCCAGUUGUCCCAGUAAACGGUACUCAUAACAAUACCAAAGACGAUAAGGGGGGUUUGACAUCUUAUAAUAACGCAAGCUUUGAAUACCCACCUGGGUGUGGGAACAACACGUUUCGAUUCGACAACCUAACUAAUACUACUAGACCAGUAGUUUGUCCAAAGGUCCAACGCUUUCUUGAUUGUAAAAACCGCACUGUAGAGCAAUAUGAGAAGUGCAAACCACUUCUUUCCAAGAAAAAACUGAUUUAUAAUAAAUACGCAAAAUGCCAUAAAAACAUUUACCGACGGUUCAUUGGUAUAGACAYUUUUAAUGUCACAGGUUAUUAUUACAUAGCAGUGUGCUUCAACUCCACCCAGUGGCCGCCACCAACAACUCCUCCUCCACCUCCCCCAACGACGACGUCUAUGCCAACUACGACCACUUUGACGACAGAAAACCGAACAGCAAAUGUUUCCAAUACGACUGAAGCUCCAACUAAGGGAAAAGGAAGAGGCAAGAGGUCUAUAACCUUAUUAYACCAAUUGACGUACGAUAACUCUGAUUUCGAUGGUGGCUUCGAUGAUCACCUUAACCCAAGUAUGGAACAUCACUCUGAUGAAGGACAAGAGGGUCAUUUCUAUUCAGAUGAGCAAAUCAUUGGAAGUUCAGAUCAAAUUUUCCAUCGACGCCGUCGGGAAUUGAGCAACACCAAUACGAACAACAUUACAAAUAAAAACGAGACAAUGACUACAGCAACUCCUAGAAGAAAGUGUUCCCAGGUGGAAGAAAAAYCGCCUCCUACUAUCCCCCCAAUACCUACCGAAUUUCCACCAGCAAGACCACAGUUGUUCAACAAGAGCACAUCCCUGAAUUAUUCGUUGGAGAUCAAUACGUUCUGUUGUCUUUUUAGAAACGAAAGCACAAAUAAAUGGAGCACUGAUGGCUGUAGGCCACAUAGAAGUUCUUCAGUGACUCAGCUCGUAUGCUUGUGCAACCAUUUAACUUCGUUUGGAAGUGAUUUGGUGGUAGCUYCUAAUGCAAUUGACUUAGAUGACGUUGCAGCUGGUUUUGCAAAUCUUGGUGAAACAGGCAACUUUUCAGUGCUAUUCACCAUUGUUGGAUUAUUUCUACUGUAUGCUGUUCUGGUGGUUGUSUGCAGAAGAGUUGACAAGAGAAACCUCCUUUUGGUUUCCAAGCAAAGAAUCGGGUCCAUAAUGGAAAAGGGAUUCAAUUACGAAGUUACCGUGUCUACUGGUACAUUUCGGGGGUCAGGAACAACAUCUACCGUAGCGAUGAUAAUKUAUGGCGAMAAAGGCAAUACACAAGUCAUUCCUCUUGUGGACGCAGACGGUAACUCAAAGGAAAUCCUGUCACGUGGUAACGUUGUAAAUAUCAUAAUCAGUACACCAGAAGACCUUGGUGAUAUCAACUGCAUUCGAGUUUGGCAUAACAAUAAGGGUAAAAGUCCAUCAUGGUUCUUGAGACAAAUCAGUGUAACUGAGGUGUCAACAGGCAAAAAGUGGUUGUUUCUCAACAAUGAUUGGUUUGCACUAGACAAAAGUGACGGGAUGAUUGAUCGAAACCUAUAUGCUGCUUCUGAAAGCGAUAAAACGGAAUUCAAAACACUUUUUUAUUCCCAUACAGCCAAAAGCUUUAGUGACAAGCAUCUAUGGAUCUCGGUUGUCCUAUGCCCUCCUGCGAGUAGCUUUACUUGUGUCCAGAGAAUAACCUGCUGUUUCUCACUACUAUUCACUGCAAUGUUGGCUAAUGCCAUGUUUUACCAGAAUGGUGCUGGUGAUUCURAUUCGAUUCAAAUUGGACCUUUCAAAAUCAGUCUUACACAAAUUAUCAUCGGUAUACAAAGUGGUCUAAUUGUAGCCCCUGUAAACCUUCUUAUCAUGACUUUAUUUCGAAAGUCCCGGCCAAAAAAUAAAAAGAUGCAUCAGCAUGACUCUAAAGGAAGAAAUACCUUCGGGAAUSAUGAUAACAAGGCUGAGAAUACUGAAUCUUCAAAAGACAAAGACAAAAAAGGCAAGAAAGAAGGCUUCCCAUAUUGGGUCGUCUACGUUGCAUAUGUGAUAAGUGCUUUGAGUGUUCUCGCCUCUGCGACAGUAGUUUUAUUUUACUCCAUGAUAUGGGGCACUGAUAAGUCAAACGGAUGGAUGGUAUCUGUAUCUCUUUCGCUUUUCCAAGAUAUUCUCAUCGUUCAGCCACUGAAAGUGUUUGUUCUUGCUAUGCUUUUGUCUUUGGUCUUUCGGAAGCCUCCUGAAGAAGAAGUCAACAACGACUCAUAUCAAUCAAMCCCAAAAAGUGAAAUUGAUAACAAAGUAUYAAAGUCUUCGGCUGGCUCAAAUGUAUUUCAUMGGGAGAUUGACYUAAAUCCACUGAGUAUCGAAGAAGUGGAAAGCGCCAGAGCUUAUGAAGUUAAAAGGAACAUAGUAAAAUCCAGCUUAAAAGAAAUAAUUCUCCACUGUAUUUUCGUCUUGCUUAUGUCRGUCAUUUUAUUUGGUUCACAAUCAUCUCAUCGAUACCAAAUUCAUAAGCAUCUCAGUGAUGUAUUUUCAGGAAGUGAAUCGAUAACUGAUGCUAAACAAAUGUGGCAUUGGAUUGAAAAUACGUUCAUUCCAGGGCUUUAUCAAAACAAGUGGUACAAUGGACAAACAUUCCUGGAUGAAAGAGAGAAUUUUAUUUCAGAUAAAAGAGCUGUUUUGAUCAGUAUGCCUAGAAUGCGUCAGGGUCGCGUCAAGUCYGAGAAUUGUGAARGUACCAAAGACUACCCCAAACUUCAGWAUCUGUUUCCCACGUGCUAUCCACAUUACUCCAUGACCAAAGCAGAUGAAAGUCCGCCUUCAACUUURAAYAAUCCACAAGGCARCGURAAACUGAAYGACAGCGUGCUKAGYGGUGAAAUUGGAUUUGAACGAAUGUGUCUUCAGCCCUUUAUUGUUCAAUCAGCCAGUAAUCUUGGCACACUGCCAGUUGUAACAAGCGAUGCAACYUAUUCUGGCAGUGGAAUGGUAGCCGAUUUGGGCUAUGACUAUGCAACUGCAAGGGAAGUAGUGAUUAACUUGAAAGAAGACCGUUGGAUUUCCAGRCAGACAAGAGUAGUAUUUGUAGAAUUCGUAGUGUUYGAGCCUACAUCRCUACUCUAUGUUUUUGGUCGUUUCACUUUUGAGAAGCAGCCGACGGGGGCCAUAUUGUCAUCACACAGGAUUGAACCAUUCGCUCUAUAUGGAGUAGGCCAGAGUGCAUUUAGAACUCUUCUCGAUAUAGUACAAUUGGCAUUGGUUAUUUUUAUAGUGGUACUAUUCAUAAGGCUUAUCUUAAAACUGAAAAAAGAGAAAAAAMUAUUUUUCAGAGAUUUUUGGAACAUUCACCAGGUUUUUAUGCUUAUUCUUGCUUUGGUAUUAAUUGCUCUUAUCUUUGUCCGAGAAACCUAUGUCAGAAGUCUGAUCAAAGCGAUACAGGAGAAUCCAUAUUCAAGAAUGAGCUUCGAUUAUGUUCAGUCCGGCACCGAUGUGGUAAACUCUAUUGCUGCUGUUGUGGUUUUUCUUGCGACUCUAAAACUUUUGAAACUUUUCAACUUCAACAUGAAAAUCCAGACUUUUGUUCACGUUAUAAAGCUUUCUAAGCCAUUCUUGGUGACUUAUGGAUUGAUUUUCUUGGUGACUUUCUUUGCAUUUGCACAGAUGGCAACCUUUCUCUUUGGUCAGAUCAUCCCUAUGUAUUCAAAUAUUGUCCGAUCGUUUGUAAAUGUCUUCCAAAUGGCUCUAGGAAAUGGAGUGUAUUUUCACGAAUUGAAAGGAAUUGAUCACAUCCUCGGUCCUCUUUAUAUCUUCACUUUCUUCAUGAUCACAACACUGCUUUUAGUAAACUUUUUUGUCGCAAUCCUAAAUGAUGGGUACGUUGAUGGAUGUGAAUCAGUGGCGAGYGAAGAAAAUGAAGACGCAAUUAUGGCAGCUUUUAUGUCAACCUUUAUAAARUCAUCCCUGAGAGAUAUCUCCAAGGAACUUAAAGCGAUACCAAGGCAAAAGCGACAUAUAUCAGGAAGUGAGAGCGAAAGCGAGGGAAAAARSCCAAGAACGAAAAUCAAAGAGCCAAUUUCAAAUGAAGCAGAAUACUUCUUAUACUGAUUUUGGACUAUGUCUAUCUGUAGUACAAAGAGUUUCAGCUACUUCUUAAAUAUGCUUAAUGCUCAUGGAUUGGAGCAGGCAUCAUGGAUUGCACAAAAUGCACGUUUACCUUAACGUUUAGCUAGAGUGYGUAUUUGAAAUCCCGUUAUCCGAGUAAACGGGUUCUUUUGACUAUUGUAUAGGAAUGGAGUUUCAUUAAUAUAUCGAUCUAAAAUACAAUGAUGAAACUGAUCGCAAAUAUCAUAUUUAUCCCAAGUGUAAGAUAAGACUCARAGGUUGCAUUUGCAAAUUUUACACGCAAUGUCCAGUUAUUCAGUCCAUUAUCCAGUGUCUGGCAGGUGGUGUCGAAUGAGAUACCGUACUUUUUGUGCUUUUGUAUUUUAACAUGCAACUAGUAAGACUAUGAACCCUGCUGAGCUCUGAGACUAUUGCAGACUAACUGGAUAUUUUGUAGAUAAUGAAAUUCCGAUAGCGAAGCAUGCAACUGACUUUAUUAGGUACGAUAGUCAACAAAUCCGUUGUCUCUGCGUUGAAGAUUUCCUUGCCUCGUCAUUUGAUUUGAUCAUGUGAUGUGUAAGUUAAACA